CUCUCUCUCUCUCCCUUGUUCCCUCGUCUCCAGCCGACUCUCAAGUCAUAAAAAUUAUUUGCAUACAGGAGGAGAGGAGAAGUUUGUAGGGAGCACUGUGAGUGUAUGAGGGGAAAAGAACGAGUGAGAGAAAAAGAGAAGUAGAGAGAGAGAAAGGAAGAGAGCAAAAAAGAAAGGAGGACAGACUUACUGGAGCAUAAAAAAGUUUGAGAGAAGACUGCAUUUUGAGACUGAAAAUGAACUUGAAAGAGUGGUGAUCCCUUUCUCUCCAGUCAAACGUCUACUGUUGUGGGCAACAGAGGAAGCAGAGAUCUGGACCAAAGAACAAUCUCACCCCAAACCAUUUCAGAUGGAGGUGAAUGCAGACGAGAAGCGCCAUCGCACACGCUCAAAAGUGCCUGUGGAACCAGCGAUACCAGAGCUGUUCAGCUGUCCUACACAAGGCUGUGAUGGAAGUGGACAUGUCAGCGGCAAAUAUGCAAGACAUCGAAGUGUGUACGGCUGCCCCCUGGCCAAGAAGAGGAAAACACUGGACAGACAGCCUCAGGAAGCCCUGGAGGUGCUGGAGCCCUUACUGGAACCACUGGAGACAGACCCCAAGAGUGGACCCCUCAUAACCCACAUGGACAACUCCACUAGGGAGGAGAGCUACGAGACAGACGGAACAGUGGAGAUGGAUGACAGAGAGGAGGAGGUGGAGGAGGGAGUAGAGGAUGGGGGAGAUGAGGAAGAGGAGGUAGAAGAGGAGGAAGAGGAGGGAUACUUGGAGGACAAUGAGGAACAGAUGGAGCAGGAAGAAGGAGAGGUGGAGAGAGGGGAGGGAGAGGCGGAGGAGGUAGAGGUGGAACAAGAGGAAGAGGAGGGCGGAGUACAAGAGGAGGAAGACGAGGAGGAGGAGUAUGAGGAGGAGUAUGAGGAGCAGAGUCAUGGCCAAGAGCACGAUCAGAUGAAUGGCGGCGGUGGCGGUGGCGGUGGCGGCCAUCCUAAAUCCGGUCUGACGGGGGAGAAGGACGACAACAACAACGAUGAGUAUGAGAACUAUGACGAGCUGGUGGCCAAGUCUCUGCUCAACCUAGGGAAGAUAGCAGAGGACGCCGCCUACCGCGCCAUGACCGAGUCUGAGAUGAACAGCAACUCCUCCAACAGUGCCGAGGAAGAAGAGGAAGAAGAGGAGGAGGAGGAGGAAGAAGAGGAGGAGGAAGAAGAAGAGGAUGAGGAGGGUGGGGAGGGCAUUCAGAGGAAGGGUGAGUUGACCCUGGAUGUCGACAGUGAUGUAGUGAGGGAAACGGUGGACUCUCUGAAGCUGCUGGCCCAGGGACACGGGGCUAUGCUCUCUGACAACAUGGAGGGAGGAGACUAUGAGGACGCGAUUGGGGAGAAUGGGGAAGCGAACCGUAAUGGAGGGACUGGAGGUGGUAACAGUCAGGGUAAAGCCUCUAAUGGACUGCAGGAGAGUGAUGAGGAGGUGUGUCUAAGCAGCCUAGAGUGUCUGAGGAACCAGUGCUUUGACCUGGCCCGCAAACUGAGCGAGACACAGCCGACUGACCGCUCGGGCACAGGGCUCCCGCAGCAGAACCACCCUGGUGGAGGGGACACCCAGGGACUGCAUCCCCACCCGUACCAGCCUGGGUACGGGGACCUCCAGCAGAGCCAGGAGGAGAGGCGCACCCUGGAGAGGAACUACUCCGACAUGGUCAACCUGAUGAAGCUGGAGGAGCAGCUGAGCCCGCGCUCCAAGGCCUUUUCCAGCUGCGCUCAGGAUGACCGCUACCACAACCACAUCCACGACCGGGACGAGGACACGCGGUCGGUGACGUCGGACCGUUCAGAGGAGGUGUUCGACAUGACCAAGGGGAACCUGUCUCUGCUGGAGAAGGCCAUCGCGCUUGAGUCUGAGAGGGCCAAGGCCAUGAGAGACAAGAUGGCUGCCGAGGCGGCUCGGAGGGACGGGGUGAGGUAUCAUCAUCACCAUGGAGACCAUCAUGGGGAGCACCAAUCGCGGCAUGGCUACGGAGAGGAGCGCAAGGCCCGUCUCCAUGAUGGAAUGAAGAAGCCCUACUACCAUAAAAAUUCAUCGCGUGGAGACAAGAAAGAGAGCCGGUGCCCGACACCGGGCUGUGAUGGCACAGGUCACGUGACGGGGUUGUACCCUCACCAUCGGAGCCUGUCUGGCUGUCCACACAAAGACAGGGUUCCACCUGAAAUCCUUGCUAUGUAUGAGAAUGUUCUUAAGUGUCCUACACUGGGCUGCACGGGACGCGGCCAUGUCAAUAGCAACAGAAACUCCCACAGAAGCCUGUCGGGGUGUCCAAUCGCUGCAGCAGAGAAGCUGGCUAAAGCCCAGGAGAAGAGCAUCGGGUGCGAUGGCUCCUCCAAGUCUAACCAGGGCUCUGACCGAGUGCUCAGGCCUAUGUGCUUUGUGAAACAGCUGGAGAUCCCUCAGUACGGCUACAAGAACAACGUGUCCACCAGCACGCCACGCUCCAACCUGGCCAAGGAGCUGGAGAAGUAUUCCAAGACCAGCUUUGACUACAGCAGCUUCACAGACAGCAGCCAUGGCAACAAUGUCUACGGCAAACGGGCCAUCGCACCCAAGCUCCAAGGCAGGGACACUUCUCCUAAAGGAUAUGAUGUCAAGCGCUACUGUAAGAACUCCAGCUCGGCGAGCAGCCCGAACAGCACCUACGCCCCCAGCAGCAGCAGUAGCAGCCUGAGCUGUGGAGGAGGGGGUGGAGGGGGGGGCAGCAGUGCCAGCUCCACCUGCAGUAAGAGCAGCUUCGACUACACCCACGACAUGGAGGCUGCCCACAUGGCUGCCAGAGCCAUCCUCAACCUGUCCACGCGCUGCAGAGAGAUGCCCCACGGCCUGGGAGGAAAACCCCAGGAUCUCUGCUCUCGGAACCCAGACCUAGAGGUAGAUGAGAAUGGGACAUUAGACCUGAGUAUGAAGCAGCGUCUGGGGGGUAGCGUAAGUGCGGUGCUCACCCCCCUAGAGCCUAUGUCUCCCCAGCGCCAGGCUCUGAUGCGUUACGGCAUGGGGGAUGACUGCUGGGACCUGCCGGUCGACUACGCCAAGAUCAAAUGCAUCGACGAGGACAGCAAAGAGCCUGAUGACCUGGACCCGUUCCGGGAUCUGCGGGAGCGAGGUUACUCUGGUGACGUCACCAUGCACAGCCCCAAGCCCAAGUACGCCCAGUGCAAGGAGAGCAAGAAGGACCUGAUAACUCUCUCUGGCUGUCCUUUAGCUGACAAAAGCAUUCGAAGUAUGAUGGCCACCAACUCACAAGAGCUCAAGUGCCCGACACCGGGGUGCGAUGGUUCUGGGCAUAAUACUGGCAACUACGCAUCACACAGAAGUCUAUCAGGGUGUCCUCGGGCCAGGAAGAGUGGGAUCAAGAUCACACACAGUAAAGAGGACAAGGAGGACCAGGAGCCCAUCAGGUGUCCGGUCCCAGGCUGUGAUGGUCAGGGUCACGUGACGGGGAAGUACGCGUCUCACCGCAGCGCGUCGGGCUGCCCCCUAGCUGCCAAGCGGCAGAAGGACGGCUACAUGAACGGCUCCCAGUUCACAUGGAAGGCUGGGAAGACAGACGGAAUGUCCUGUCCCACCCCAGGCUGUGACGGCUCAGGCCACGUCAGUGGGAGCUUCCUCACGCACCGGAGUUUGUCAGGCUGUCCGCGUGCGACGUCUGCCAUGAAAAAAGCCAGACUGUCUGGACUGUCUGAAAUGCUAACGAUAAAACAGCGCACCAGCAAUGGAAUCGAGAAUGAGGAAGAGAUUAAACAGCUGGAUGAAGAAAUCAAAGAUUUAAGUGAAUCUAAUUCACACGUGGAGGCAGAUAUGAUCAAACUUAGAACACAGAUUACCACAAUGGAGUCUAAUCUGAAGUCAAUAGAGGAAGAAAACAAGGAGCCGAUCAGCGAUCAGAACUUUGAUGCUUACGUGACCACGCUAACAGACAUGUACACCAACCAGGAGCAGUACCAGAGCCCUGAGAACAAAGCCCUGCUGGAAAACAUCAAACAAGCGGUGCAAGGAAUCCAAGUGUAGCCCAGCCCGCUAGCCCAGCAAACGCCAGAGCUUCUUCUCAAAGAGGAGUGAAGAAAAACAACAUCCACAGGAAAGAGCUAGAAGUGACAUGAUAGGAUGACGCCUCAUGGUUUGCUGCUGUAACUUAUCAUACAGUGUUAGAUACAGAUUUUUGAUCUUCAAAAAAAAAGAAAUGUUAUGCUUAGAAAACUUCAUAAUGAUUUUUCUUUUUUGUCUUGCUUUGAGGGAAAAAAAGUAAGUGGCAGAAUAGUUUUUGAAGACAUUCACAUUUUGUACGUUUUCAUACUGUAUGAGCUGAAAUAGUGUGACGUAAUGUUUCUAGCUGCUCGUGUAUGCACAUUUUUUGUGUAUAUUUCUGGACAGUAAGCUGAUUAACAUAGGACUUUAGUUAUUUUUAAUGCUUGAUGAUGAAGAUUUUAGAUGAAAAAGCUGCUCUGGACAGUGAAAACAAAACAAAAAUCAAGAGGGAACUGCAAGGAGGUAGCUACUUUUCAAUGAUCUUUUCCUCAAUGGAUGAUUUUGGAAUUCUAAAGAUGUUUUUUCUUCUUCUUGUGUGCAGAUUGUUGAAUAGCAAGACUUGGUUGCAAAGUACUUUUUUUGAAACCUUUUUUAAAGGUUGGUAGCUGUAGGUGGGGGCAUUUUUAAUAGGUGUUGGAAAUGAGUAUGGAAAGAAACUGACUUGAUGUUUGUAUGAAUGUUAUAGUUUUAUUGUAAACAUCAUGACACGGAAACCCAAUGGUGGAAAUCCCAUUGUCUUGAAACGGACUAUUCACUCUUGAUCUUUUGUGUUGGUAGAUACCCAUUGUCAUUCAAUCAGCAACAAUGUGAUGUAUAACAGAAAUAGAGUAUCAAGGCAUCAUUCUAGCAUUUAGUAUUAGUUCUGGUUCAAAUGUCAAAACUUAUGUUGCUAGAAUCGGGCAAUGUCUCAGCAAUGUAUAUCUAAAUCAUAUGUUUAUAAUAGAUAUGGGACGCAAAAACAA